GCACUCGCUCACACAAUGAUUAAAAAUGUUCCAGGAAGGCAAAAAUUGCGACUUUGGAGUCACUCACCCCCGGUAACAGGAACACAUUCCAUUAGUAAUUCGUCACAAUCUUCCUUAAUCACAAUUCUUUUUCUUUUUUUUGUUCAAUCACGCAUUAAUUGAUCACGCAUAGGAGGGUCAAAUUUCCCCACGAUACAUCGUUGUUUGGGUCUUUGAACGUUAUAUGCACAAUCCACAACAACAAAAAGAAUUCUAAAAUCAGAUUUCCGGGAAAAUUCGUCAUUUUAGAUCAAAGGGAAAUAUUUAGUGAAUGACCAGUUAUAAAUUUAGUAAAAAAAAAAAUAUGUGCCUAAUAGUAUUGGAAAUCCAAACAAGUCACUCAAGAGUCUAUUCAAGGCAAAGUACAAAAAAAAAAAAAGAACAGCUAAAUCAAUUCUACCCCUCGUCAAUCACAUUUGAUUUUGGGAAGUUGAUUGAACGAUUAUAAAUCCAAGAGAAAAUUAAUCACAACUAGUAAGAAUUUGGGCAUUUUUUCAAAUAGACUAUUCAAUUGUCUGUUUCUGAUAAGAAAUUGCAUAUGUUGUGAACUGCUGGGACUUGGGUAUAAAUUGGCUCGAUAGUGAAGCAAAGGACAUCAGUGGAGUGUUAACCAACGAACAAAAAUGAAGUACGCCAUCUUUGUGGCAGCGCUCUUCGUCGCUGGAGCCUUUGCAGCACCAGUUGAGAUUGAAAAUGAGCUCCCCAGAAGUCUCGAUCCCCGUUUUGUCUCCCACGGACGGCCAGCCUGCCGCACCAACGAGGAGAUGGCUGUUCGCCUGUACAGACACAACUGGGAUCCAACUAGAUGGUGGCAGUGCAAUCAUCAAGGUGUUCCCGCCGAAAUGAUGUCCUGCCCCACCAAUAUGCUCUUCGACGAGCGCACCCGCACCUGCAUCCCAUCUCAUCUGUGGAUCUGGACUGAGCCACGCAAUCCACCCACUCUGGCCGAAUGGAAUGGUUCUCCGCCAGCUGGAGGAAUUUGCCCACAGGACAACCCCACCUGCCCAUGCCCAACUCCAUGCCCUCCAUGUCCUCCGAAUGAGCCUCCAACCACCACCACAACUCCAUGCCCACCAUGUCCAACCACCACACCUCCCUGCCCACCCUGCCCACCAGAGGAGCCUCCAACUACAACCACCACGACAACAACUACGACAACCACAACGACAACCACGACGACGACAACAACCACAACAACCACCACGACAACGCCUUGCCCACCAUGCCCAACAACCACCACCUGUCCUCCAUGCCCAACAACCACUCCACCCUGCCCACCUUGUCCUGAGGAUCCUCCAACCACCACAACAACUCCAUGCCCACCCUGCCCCAAUGACCUAAUCUGCACUCAGGAUCAUAUGGGUACACUGUGGCCUGGCUCUCGUGCAGACAGCUUCUUCGUCUGCCACACCGUCAACCACCCAGCUCUGGAGAUGUUCUGCGAACCCGGAACCGUCUUCAACUUCAACCUGCAGACGUGCACAAACGCCAUGAAUGUUUUCGAGGACGAAGAGAAGGCAAAGCCAUAAAGAGAAAGAGAGAGAGGGAGAACGAGAAGAAGAAGAAGACGAAAAAGCGAUCAGCUAAAACCUCAUAAUGACGAAUGGAAAACAGCAUUUAUUAUUUGUUAGUCCCCCUAUAAUAUUGUUAGAUUCUCCCCCCGUAGUAGUCACGUAGAUUGUCCGCACUCUGUAGAGAUUUUUUUUCGUAGUAGAAAUAUAUCCACUUUUGCAUACCUAAAA